GGCGCGGGUAUUGGCUCUGUCGACUGCGGACCGGCUUGGCUACGCGCUCUCCUCGGAGCGGUUCACUGCAUGGUAGAGUCUGGUACCCCCGCUGCCGUCUGCAAAGCCGCCGCCGCCUCGCCGCGACCACUGCCGCCCCCUGCCCUGCAGCCGCCUUCACCGCCGCCUCCUGUGUCGCCGCCGCCUCGGGACCGGCUGUAUGAUUAGGCCACAAUCUUCAAUGAGUAAACAUAUUCCUCAGUUCUGUGGUGUUCUUGGUCACACAUUUAUGGAGUUUCUGAAGGGCAGUGGAGAUUAUUGCCAGGCACAGCACGACCUCUAUGCAGACAAGUGAACUGUAGAAAUUCAUUACUACUCCACCAAGAAGCCCCCAUAUGAGUUGUUAACCUGGACACAGAAGUGUUGAAUUGGAAUCUGCAGAGCAUUUUACAAGCGUUCUGACCUGGAUGGGGUAAACCUCAGUGCACUUCCUUUCUAUUGCCUCAGUAUUACUGGAUUGAAGAAUUGCUGCUUCUUGUUAGGAGGUUCAUUUCAUUUCCCAUUAUUCCCAACUUCACUCAGAGCACUGGGAAUUUCAAGUGGAGUAUAUUGAAGUAGACUCAGUUUCUUUGCAUCAUUUCUGUAUUCAAUUUUUAAAUUCUUUAAUAACCCUAUUGAGUGUUUUUUAACUAAAUUAUCAUGGCUCGAAUGAACCGCCCAGCUCCUGUGGAAGUCACAUACAAGCACAUGAGAUUUCUUAUCACACACAACCCAACCAAUGCGACCUUAAACAAAUUUAUAGAGGAACUUAAGAAGUAUGGAGUUACCACAAUAGUAAGAGUAUGUGAAGCAACUUAUGACACUACUCCUGUAGAGAAAGAAGGCAUCCAUGUUCUUGAUUGGCCUUUUGAUGAUGGUGCACCACCAUCCAACCAGAUUGUUGAUGACUGGUUAAGUCUUGUAAAAAUUAAGUUUCGUGAAGAACCUGGUUGUUGUAUUGCUGUUCAUUGUGUUGCAGGCCUUGGGAGAGCUCCAGUGCUUGUUGCCCUAGCAUUAAUCGAAGGUGGAAUGAAAUAUGAAGAUGCAGUACAGUUCAUAAGACAAAAGCGGCGUGGAGCUUUUAACAGCAAGCAACUUCUGUAUUUGGAGAAGUAUCGUCCUAAAAUGCGGCUGCGCUUCAAAGACUCCAAUGGUCAUAGAAACAACUGUUGUAUUCAAUAAAACGGGUGCCUGAUGCCAUUGCCUUGGAAGUGGAACUUUGAGAUAGGACCUAAUUUGUCAUACAUUAGCCAGCAUGUUGGCUUGGUGAAUAAGUCUAAUGAAGUUUCCAUAGGAGUAUUGAAAAGCUUUACCAGGCCACAAGCUUGACAGAAUUGCAGCCUCUAUGUUUCGGUUAUGAUCAACCUAUUUUGACACUUAGCAAAAGAUUCUUACUGUUCAGCAUUUAAAAUGUGCUUAUCAUUUGUACCAAUUGACUUUUCCUGAAAUCAUGCAGUAUUGAGUUAUGUCUUUAAAUCUAUUCCCAUGCCAGAAUCUUAUCAAUACAUAAAAGAUUUAGAAAUAUUAGGUGCCAAAAUACCCAGCACAAUACUUGUAUACUUUUAGUACCAUACAGAACUAAAAUCCCAGGAACUAUGAACACUCUGAACCUUAUGUGGUUUAUCCCCUCAGUCAUUUCAAACAUAGAAAGUAGGACCUAUAUGGUUAUUUGCCUGCUCACUUUAUGUUUACAUCUCUCACAUUCAUUAAGUAUACAUCAGGUUCACUCAACUUUUUGAUUUUUAUACCAAGUCUUAGUUAUUAUUUAAUGUCUUUCUAUAAAUCUCAUUUUGUGCUGUUAUGGAAAGCCUCCAUUUUGAAAAUCUACAUUGUACAGAAGCACAUGUCUUUAAUGUCUCCAGACAAAAAGCCUUAUAGUUAAUUUUAAUGUUUGCACUUGGGGUGCAACUUAUACGGAGGGCCUGAGAAAAGAAUGGGAGGGGGCUAUUAAGUAUUUUUAGUAAAAUGUUGCCUUUGUCUUGUGUGGAACAUGUAGAAAUAUGCUCUUUAGUAAUUAUUUUUUUAAAGGUAGACAUGCUUUGUUGUAGCUGAAACAAUUCUUAAUCAUAAAAACUCUGAAAUUCUUGUAUUUUUUUCAUACAUUCUGAGGUUGUUUACCAACUCAUUUUUGUUUGAAGUGUGAUUUUUUUUUUCUUUUCCACCCUCUCUUGCAAGAAAAGAAGUGGGUUUCUGCUAAUGAAUUGAGCAGACAUCUAAUAUUUUAUAUGCCUUUUGAGCUGCGUAACUUAAUAUUUGGAUACUUGAUAAUUUGUUUUAUUAUGUAAUUGAUAAAAUGGUGAUGUGUAUUGAUGUUAGUUCAACCAUAUAUUUAUACUGUCUGGGAAUGUGUGGUUAUAGUUCUGUGGGAGAAAUAAUUUGUCAGUGUUCACCAGCUUGUAAAAAUCUAGUGCGAGAGCUUAAACAUCUAAAUAAAUGAGAUGCAUUUAUCAUCACUGACAUUGUUGUGCUUAAAGUUAACUUUAGAAAAUGUUAAGACUGAAUUGCGUUUCACUUAGUACCAUUUGAAGUAAAUGAUUAAAUGAUGUUGGCAUUUUAGUAAGCUCCUUAUAGACACACAAUUUGUUAGGAUCAUGAAAACUUUAUUAUUAAAAGUGCUUUCCAUUAUAAACUUUGCUUUUUAAAGAUUCAGAUAAUUUUGAGCCACUGUGUACUAUUCUGUACUGAGGAGAAACAUAAAUAGUAGGGGAAGUCCUUGAUUUGGAGCUCAAUUACCAAAUAGUAACUGGUUUGGGUCAACUUCCAAGCCUCAGUUUUCUCAUUUACAAAUUAAUAAUCACAUAACUUUACAGAUUUUUAAAUUUGGACAUAAGUAUUUUGGCACAGGAGGGUUUAAUAAAUGUUGUUUCUUUCAGUAAUCUGAAAUAUGUCCUUUGCAUACAUAGCUCAUGUUAAUUUAUAAUGGACUUAAAUCAGAUGUCCUUGUCUGAUUCUUUUUUUAAAUAGCAAUUACAACCAAAUAAAAGACUCAAAAUUUGAAUGAAAAACAAUAUUCAACCUUGUGUUUUAAAGAAUUUGCUUCCAUUUGUUCAUGGUAGUUUAGCACUUAGUAUACUCCAUUCUUGAAACUUAGACUGGGACCAAUAGGAUAAGGGGCUUCCGGGGAUCCUUGGUUCUUUAAAUCUUAGAUAAUUUUGUGGCUGGGGCUGUUAUUUAACCUGGCUGCUUUUUUUUUUUUUUAAAUACAUUGUACUCUUAGGAUAAUUUUAUGUAGAUUAUUAAAUGAUAAUUACUAUGUCA